UUUCCCCCAAGGCCGGUUACUGUGCGGGAUUUGAGAGGUAUCGUGCACGACUGGAGUCAAGCGACCAGUGCUCGGGAGGUAUACGAGAAGCCCUGUAAUGUAUGUGGGUUGUUAACGCCGGAGUCUGUUUUACAUAGGGCUCGUCCUACCGAGAUCGAUUUAAGUCCUCUUCUGCGUCCUGGUUGCGGGGUGAGUCGAAAAGAACGGAGGUCGGUGCAAGAUCCUGUUGCAGAGAUGGCAGGUCCUAUACUUCACGGUGGGGUUGACGCGAACGGAUAUCUAUGUGUAUGCGAAGACUGUUUGGCCGCGCUGCAAAAUGGGCGGUUACCGAGGCUGUCCUUGGCUAACGGCCUGUGGGUAGGCGACGUGCCUGAGGAAUUAAGGCGUUUGAAUUUCAUCGAAAAGCUGCUGGUCGCGGUGGAAAGGCAUAAUGUCUGCGUAGCAAAGGUGACAAAGGGUCAGUACAAGAUGACUGCUAACGCUGUGGUGUAUGCGCAGCCGGUGGGUAAAAUGUACGACAUCCUUCCGCCGUCCCCCGAUGAACUGGCGGAGUUUUUGGCAAUAAUAUUUGUGGGACCUUGCAAGCCGAUGCCUGCGGACUUGAAGCGCACGCCGUUUAUCGUAAGGCGGAGCGUGGUUCUCAAUGCCUUGAGGUGGUUGAUCUUAAACCAUUGCGACUACGCGGAAGUGUCAGUCUCGUACGAGAACCUCGCGCGGUAUACAGAUGAUGAACCGCCUGUAUGCGUUGUAUACCGCGCAGGUGAAGGCGAUUUGCCUUCCGAAUCGCAACCAGGAUACGGUGGUCGGGAUAACGAGGGUUUGGUUGAGGGAGAGUGCUCGUUUACCGUGCAAGGUUUGACUGAAACGGAGUACGUAGAGAUG